AAAGACUCGGCUUCUGCUGCUAGCGCCGGAGCUGAGUUAGUUCGGAGGCUUCCCUGGGCAGUCCUUGUCCGGCGGCCUCUGCUGCCGCCUCCGGAGACGCGUUCCAAUAGAUGGCUACAGGCCGCGGCGGAGGAGGAGGUGGAGUUUCUGCCCUUCCGGAGUGCGCCCCGUGAGGAGAAUGUCCCAGAAACCCUGGAUAGAAAGUACUUUGACCAAGAGGGAAUGUGUAUAUAUUAUACCAAGUUCCAAGGACCCUCACAGAUGCCUUCCAGGAUGUCAAAUUUGCCAGCAACUUGUCAGAUGCUUUUGUGGGCGCUUGGUCAAGCAACAUGCUUGUUUUACUGCAAGUCUUGCCAUGAAGUACUCAGAUGUGAAAUGGGGUGACCAUUUUAACCAGGCAACAGAAGAGUGGUCGGUGCACAAACAUACGGAACAGAGCCCCACAGAUGCGUACGGAGUCAUAAACUUUCAAGGGGGUUCUCAUUCCUACAGGUCUAAGUAUGUGAGGUUAUCAUAUGACACCAAACCUGAAGUCAUUCUGCAACUUCUUCUUAAAGAAUGGCAAAUGGAGUUGCCCAAACUCGUUAUCUCUGUACAUGGGGGCAUGCAGAAAUUUGAGCUUCAUCCACGAAUCAAGCAGUUACUUGGCAAGGGCCUUAUUAAAGCUGCAGUCACAACUGGAGCCUGGAUUCUAACUGGAGGAGUAAACACAGGUGUGGCAAAACAUGUUGGUGAUGCCCUCAGAGAACAUGCUUCCCGAUCAUCUCGAAAGAUUUGCACUAUCGGAAUAGCUCCAUGGGGAGUGAUUGAAAAUAGAAAUGAUCUUGUUGGGAGAGAUGUGGUUGCUCCUUAUCAAACUUUAUUGAACCCCUUGAGCAAAUUGAAUGUUCUGAAUAAUCUCCAUUCCCAUUUCAUACUGGUGGAUGAUGGCACUGUUGGAAAGUAUGGGGCAGAAGUCAAGUUGAGAAGAGAACUUGAAAAAACUAUUAACCAGCAAAGAAUUCAUGCUAGAAUUGGCCAAGGUGUUCCUGUGGUAGCACUCAUAUUUGAGGGUGGACCCAACGUUAUCCUCACAGUUUUAGAAUACCUUCAGGAAAGCCCCCCAGUUCCACUUGUUGUAUGUGAAGGAACAGGCAGAGCUGCUGACCUACUGGCGUAUGUUUAUAAACAAACUGAAGAAGGAGGUAAUCUUCCUGAUGAAGCAGAAUCUGAUAUUAUUUCAACAAUCAAAAAAACGUUUAAUUUUGGCCAGAGUGAAGCAUUUCAUUUAUUUCAAACACUGAUGGAGUGCAUGAAAAAAAAGGAACUUAUCACUGUUUUCCACCUUGGAUCAGAUGAACAGCAGGAUAUAGAUAUAGCAAUACUUACUGCAUUGCUAAAAGGUACGAAUGCAUCAGCAUUUGACCAACUUAUCCUUACACUGGCAUGGGAUAGAGUUGACAUUGCCAAAAAUCAUGUAUUCAUUUAUGGACAGCAGUGGCUGGUUGGCUCCUUGGAACAAGCUAUGCUAGAUGCUCUUGUGAUGGAUAGAGUUGCAUUUGUAAAACUACUUAUUGAAAAUGGAGUAAGCAUGCAUAAAUUCCUUACCAUUCCUAGACUGGAAGAACUUUACAACACUAAACAAGGUCCAACUAAUCCAAUGCUAUUUCAUCUUGUUCGAGAUGUUAAGCAGGGAAAUCUUCCUCCAGGAUACAAGAUCACUCUAAUUGAUAUAGGACUUGUUAUUGAAUAUCUUAUGGGAGGGACCUAUAGAUGCACCUACACUCGGAAACGUUUUCGACUGAUCUAUAACAGUCUUGGUGGAAAUAAUCGGAGAUCUGGCCGAAAUACUUCCAGCAGCACUCCUCAAUUGCGAAAAAGUCAUGAAUCUUUUGGCAAUAGGGCAGAUAAAAAGGAAAAAAUGAGACAUAAUCAUUUCAUUAAAACAGCGCAGCCCUACCGACCAAAGAUUGAUACAGCAGUAGACGAAGGAAAAAAGAAAAGAACCAAAGAUGACAUUGUAGAUAUUGAUGAUCCUGAAACCAAGCGUUUCCCAUAUCCACUUAAUGAACUGUUAAUUUGGGCUUGCCUUAUGAAGAGACAGGCUAUGGCCCGAUUUUUAUGGCAACAUGGUGAAGAGUCAAUGGCUAAAGCAUUAGUUGCCUGCAAAAUAUACCGUUCAAUGGCAUAUGAAGCAAAGCAGAGUGACCUAGUAGAUGAUACUUCAGAAGAAUUAAAACAGUAUUCCAAUGACUUUGGUCAGUUGGCAGUUGAAUUAUUAGAACAAUCCUUUCGACAGGAUGAAACCAUGGCUAUGAAGUUGCUCACUUAUGAACUGAAGAACUGGAGUAAUUCAACAUGCCUUAAGCUAGCAGUUUCUUCAAGACUUAGACUUUUUGUAGCCCACACCUGUACACAAAUGUUAUUGUCUGAUAUGUGGAUGGGAAGACUGAAUAUGAGGAAAAAUUCAUGGUAUAAGGUCAUAUUAAGCAUUUUAGUUCCACCUGCUAUAUUAAUGCUGGAAUAUAAAACCAAGGCCGAAAUGUCUCAUAUUCCACAAUCUCAAGAUGCCCAUCAGAUGACAAUGGAAGAUAGUGAGAACAACUUUCAAAAUAUAACAGAAGAGAUCCCCAUGGAAGUAUUUAAAGAAAUAAAAAUUUUGGAUAGUAAUGAAGCAAAGAAUGAAAUUGAGAUACAAAUAAAAUCAAAAAAGCUUCCAAUCACAAGAAAGUUCUAUGCUUUUUAUCAUGCACCGAUUGUGAAAUUCUGGUUUAACACUUUGGCAUAUUUAGGGUUUCUGAUGCUUUAUACAUUUGUGGUUCUUGUACAAAUGGAAAGAUUACCUUCAGUUCAAGAAUGGAUUGUUAUUGCUUACAUUUUUACCUAUGCUAUUGAAAAAGUCCGUGAGAUCUUUAUGUCUGAAGCUGGGAAAAUAAGCCAGAAGAUUAAAGUGUGGUUUAGUGACUACUUCAAUAUCAGUGAUACAAUUGCCAUAAUUUCUUUCUUCAUUGGAUUUGGAUUAAGACUUGGAGCAAAAUGGAACUAUGAGGAUGCGUAUAAGAAUCAUGUUUUUGUGGCUGGAAGAUUAAUUUACUGUCUUAACAUAAUAUUUUGGUAUGUGCGUUUGCUAGAUUUUCUAGCUGUAAAUCAACAGGCAGGACCUUAUGUAAUGAUGAUUGGAAAAAUGGUAGCCAAUAUGUUCUACAUUGUAGUGAUUAUGGCUCUUGUGUUACUUAGUUUUGGUGUUCCCAGAAAGGCAAUACUUUAUCCUCGAGAACCACCAUCUUGGAACCUUGCAAAAGAUAUCGUUUUUCAUCCAUACUGGAUGAUUUUUGGUGAAGUUUAUGCAUAUGAAAUUAAUGCAUGUGCAAAUGAUUCCGUUGUCCCGUGGCUCUGUGGCCCUGGAUCUUGGUUGACCCCAUUUCUUCAAGCUGUCUACCUCUUUGUACAGUAUAUCAUUAUGGUUAAUCUUCUUAUUGCGUUUUUCAACAAUGUCUAUUUCCAAGUGAAGGCAAUCUCCAACAUUGUAUGGAAGUAUCAACGUUAUCAUUUCAUUAUGGCUUAUCAUGAGAAACCAGUUCUGCCUCCUCCACUUAUCAUUCUUAGCCAUAUAGUUUCUUUGUUUUGCUGCGUAUGUAAGAGAAGAAAAAAAGAUAAGACUUCAGAUGGACCAAAAUUAUUCUUAACAGAAGAAGAUCAAAAGAAGCUUCAUGACUUUGAAGAGCAGUGUGUUGAGAUGUAUUUUAAUGAAAAGGAUGACAAAUUCUACUCGGGGAGUGAAGAGAGAAUCCGUGUCACAUUUGAAAGAGUGGAGCAGAUGUGUAUUCAGAUUAAAGAAGUUGGAGAUCGUGUCAACUACAUAAAAAGAUCAUUGCACUCAUUAGAUUCUCAAAUUGGUCAUUUGCAAGAUCUCUCAGCCCUGACUGUAGAUACAUUAAAAACACUCACUGCCCAGAAAGCUUCAGAAGCUAGCAAAGUUCACAAUGAAAUCACAAGAGAAUUGAGCAUCUCUAAACAUUUGGCCCAAAAUCUUAUUGAAGAUGGUCCUUUAAGGCCUUCUGGGUGGAAAAAACAUAGCUCUUCACUUCCUCAGCAUGGUCUUGAAAGUAAUAAUCCUUUCUUUAGUAAUAUGUGUAUGAAAGAUGGAAGAGGUCCUCAAAGUAGCAUAUUUGGUCAGGAUUUACCUGCAAUACCCCAGAAGAAAGAAUUCCAUUCUCCAGAGGCUGGUUCCUCUUGUGGUGCCUUAUUCCCAAGUGCUAUUUCGCCUCCAGAGCUGCGACAGAGAAUACACGGUGCAGAAAUCUUAAAAAUACUUAAUAAAAAUCAAAAAUUAGGUAAUUCAUCUAAUAGCAUACCACAUCUAUCAUCCCCUCCAACCAAAUUUUUUGUUAGUACACCAUCCCAACCAAGUUGCAAAAGCCAGUUGGAAACUGUAACCAAAGAUCAAGAGAUUGUUUGGGCUAAAGCUGCAGAAGGAGAUAAUAUCGAAUUUGGAGCAUUUAUAGGACACAGAGAUAGCAUGGAUAUACAGAGGUUUAAAGAAUCAUCAAACAAAGUGAAAGAGAUAUCUGAGCAGCAGAGUGAUGUAAGAAGCAUUAUUUUGGAAGAUCGAGAGAUGCCUACACAUCAGGUAAUGUCACUUUAUUUGAAAAGCAGCUGUAGAAGGCCCUCUGCAGAAGAAACUCGUGAAGUAAAUUCCAAGGCAGCCUUGCUACCGGACUGGUUACAAGAUAAACCGUCUAACAGACAAAUGCCAUCUGAAGAAGGAGCAUUAAAUGGUCUUGCUUCUCCGUUUAAGCCAGUUAUGGAUACAAAUUACUAUUAUUCAGCUGUGGAAAGAAAUAACUUGAUGAGGUUGUCACUGAGCAUUCCAUUCACACCUGUGCCACCAAGAGGUGAGCUUGUCACUGUGUAUCGCUUGGAAGAGAGUUCUCCCAACAUACUAAAUAACAGCAUGUCUUCUUGGUCACAGCUAGGCCUCUGUGCCAAAAUUGAAUUUUUAAGUAAAGAGGAGAUGGGAGGAGGCUUACGAAGAGCUGUCAAAGUACAGUGUGCCUGGUCAGAGCAUGAUAUCCUCAAAUCAGGGCAUCUGUAUAUCAUCAAAUCUUUUCUUCCUGAGGUGGUUAACACCUGGUCACAUGUUUAUAAAGAAGAUACCGUUCUGCAUCUCUGCCUCAGAGAAAUUCAGCAACAGAGAGCAGCACAAAAACUCACAUUUGCCUUCAACCAAAUGAAACCGAAAUCCAUCCCAUAUUCUCCAAGGUUCCUUGAGGUUUUCCUGCUGUACUGUCACUCAGCAGGACAGUGGUUUGCUGUGGAAGAGUGUAUGACUGGAGAAUUCAGGAAAUACAACAAUAACAAUGGUGAUGAAAUUAUCCCCACGAAUACCUUGGAAGAGAUCAUGUUAGCCUUCAGCCACUGGACUUAUGAAUACACAAGAGGAGAGUUGCUGGUACUUGAUUUGCAAGGUGUGGGUGAAAAUUUAACUGACCCAUCUGUGAUAAAAGCAGAAGAAAAGAGAUCCUGUGAUAUGGUUUUUGGACCAGCAAAUCUAGGAGAAGAUGCAAUAAAAAAUUUUAGAGCAAAACAUCACUGUAAUUCUUGCUGUAGAAAGCUUAAACUCCCAGAUCUGAAGAGGAAUGAUUACACGCCUGAUAAGAUUAUAUUUCCUCAGGAAGCGCCUUCAGAUUGGACUCUUCAGCCUGAAAACUCUACCAAAGAAUCAGAAUCAGCUAAUUCUAUUCGUCUGAUGUUAUAAUAUUACCGAAUCAUUGGUUUUUGCCUACACCUCAUGAAAAAUGUUACUGUGUUACUUUUCCUUCAGGAGGAAUUGUUUGAUAAUAUAUAUAUAGAAAGGUGUGUGUAGCAUGAAGUUGCUGACUCCAGCACAGUUGAUAGGUCAAUAUUCUUUUGACCUGCUUAAACUAGUCAGUCAAAAACUCCCAACAGGAUACAGCUGGUAGCUGAUAAAUAUUAAAGGUAAAGGAAAAUUAGUUUUUAAAACUUUUUAAAGGGCUCUUUUCAGCAAAGGAUUUCUCAUUGGACUUUGUUCUGAUGAAGGGGAUACCCUCCUAAGUGGUGCAAUACCAUUAAUCACAGGGAGGUGUCACUGCAGAGUUUAUUUGGCAGCUGGUUCACUGCCACUAAGCAAGACAGAUGAAAUCAUUCAGCCAUUGGCUAAGUGGAAAUCAAAGGUCUUCCUGGGUGUGUUCGAUGGGGAGCAGUGUGAGUUCCCAACAGACACUUAUUGGCUAUUAGGCAGGCAUACUUGUUGUAAUUUUAGAUUCACAGGGAUAUUCUAUAAGGGGCCUGAGCUGAAGACCAUUUCGUAAGAGGAAUUUUAUUUAUGAAUCAGGGUUAGGCUCCAUAUUUAAAGAUAGAGCCAGUUUUUUUGUUAAAUAAAACCCAAAUUGUGCAAAAGUAUUAGUUUUUUUGUUGUUGUUGCUGUUUGUAUGUUUUUGCGUUGUUUUAUCAAGUCACUGUCAAAUAGAAGAAAACUAUGGUAGACUGGUAGAACCUUAAGCAAAUAAAAGGAUAAACUUAACUUAUUAUUCAAAAGAAGUUACCUUAUGCGAAGAGUGCUUUCCCUACCCCAGUCUAUAGUGACAGCCUGGAAGUUACAUCCCCAAAGAUUGUAUUGACCAGUAUAUCAAAUAAAAAUGUAAAUGAGAAUGCUUACAUUUUAAAUUGCAUAGGAACAUCAGAACAUGAAUACCGUUGGCACUUACUUAAGAAGCUGAGUGGGGUUAUCAUUCUGUGAUGUCGGGAAAUUGCAAUGCAACUUUAUGCCAAUAAAAAUGUAACUUAACUUCCCCCACUAUUAUUGAAUACUCAGCAACAAAAAGCUUGUCAUGGAUUACAGUUUUAUGCUUUGAUUUUUUUCCCCUUUGUUUUCUAGGUACUACUUAUAAAUUUUACUUGGGAGAGAGCAGUGUAAAGCUUAUUUGUAUUCAGUAGUGUAUCUCAUAGAUACAGAUAAGGCAAAAAGAGAUAAGCUGUUUAAAUAGUGUUUAUGUUGAUGGGGAAAGAAAAAAUGUAUUACUUAAAGAUAUUAUACUAUAUACAUUUUGUAUAUCAUUAAAUCUUUAAAAGAAAUUAAAAUAAAUUUAUUCUUGUUUA